GGUUUAUAGUGAAUUUAUCAUAACGAAUUUUUGUUCAUUUACGUGGCAAGUGAAUUUAAAAGUUAAUUAAUUAUGGCCGACGAAGAAGUUCAAGCUCUUGUUGUUGAUAAUGGAUCGGGUAUGUGUAAAGCUGGAUUCGCUGGUGAUGAUGCACCAAGAGCAGUAUUUCCUUCUAUUGUUGGACGACCAAGACAUCAAGGUGUGAUGGUUGGUAUGGGUCAAAAAGACAGCUACGUUGGUGAUGAAGCACAAUCGAAACGUGGUAUCCUCACAUUGAAGUAUCCAAUUGAACACGGUAUCGUGACUAACUGGGAUGACAUGGAGAAGAUCUGGCAUCACACCUUCUACAACGAGUUGCGUGUUGCCCCAGAAGAACAUCCCGUACUGUUGACUGAAGCUCCAUUGAAUCCGAAAGCUAAUCGUGAGAAGAUGACCCAAAUCAUGUUCGAGACAUUCAACACUCCAGCCAUGUAUGUCGGUAUCCAAGCUGUGUUAUCAUUGUACGCAUCCGGUCGUACAACUGGUAUUGUGUUGGACUCUGGUGAUGGUGUCACACACACUGUGCCAAUCUAUGAAGGUUAUGCCCUACCACAUGCUAUCCUGCGUCUAGAUCUGGCUGGUCGUGAUUUGACUGACUACCUGAUGAAGAUCUUGACGGAACGUGGUUACAGCUUCACUACAACAGCUGAGCGAGAAAUCGUGCGUGACAUCAAGGAGAAAUUGUGUUAUGUAGCUUUGGACUUCGAACAGGAAAUGGCUACUGCUGCAUCCAGCUCCUCUUUGGAGAAGAGCUACGAAUUACCUGAUGGUCAGGUGAUCACCAUUGGUAACGAGCGAUUCCGUUGUCCUGAAGCAUUGUUCCAACCAAGCUUCUUGGGUAUGGAAUCUGCUGGUGUUCAUGAGACCACAUUCAACUCAAUCAUGAAAUGUGAUGUUGACAUUCGUAAAGAUUUGUAUGCGAACACUGUAUUGUCAGGUGGUACAACAAUGUUCCCAGGUAUUGCUGAUCGUAUGCAGAAAGAGAUUACUGCAUUGGCACCGAGUACAAUGAAAAUUAAGAUAGUUGCUCCACCUGAACGUAAAUAUUCAGUUUGGAUUGGUGGUUCAAUUUUGGCUUCAUUGUCUACUUUCCAACAGAUGUGGAUUUCCAAGCAAGAAUAUGAUGAAUCUGGUCCUGGUAUUGUUCAUCGUAAAUGCUUCUAAAUCAUAUCAUAAA